GCGUUAUAAAUAAACUGGGAAAAACAAUAACAAACUAUCUUUUACACACCUUUGAUUACUUCACUUUUUCUGAGGAAAUAAGUUGUGUCAUAACUUUUCAGUAUUUCGGUAAUUUGGAUAAGGUAAUUUUGCUUCCUUGAAUUUCGUAAACGAUUGUAAUGGCAUCGCCGGACGUUGGUAUGGCGUAUCAAAUGCCUCCUCAAAUAAUUCCUCAAAAUAGCAAUGUGGCAACGUCAACUAAAGUGCUUAAUCUUUCGAGAGGUCAAGUUAACUUGGCUCAACCAGUUCAUGGUGUCUACCCUGCAUCAGUACCCGCACAACAGUCCGCCCAAACCAAUGCCUAUAGUCAUUCAACGCCUCAAAGUCAAUCCCCUUCAUUUUAUGCCUAUCCUGAACAGACAGGAAUUGAACAACCUGACAACAAUUUUAAUAGAACAGGUUUUCAAAAUUUUGCUCAACCUCAAGUUUUUACAGUUGGUUCGAGUCAAGCUUCUCAAAUACAGCCGACUCAGUAUCGGCAGCCAAUACAACAAUCUCAGCCACCACAACAGUAUCGAGUUAUUGCUACUCCUUUACAAACCACGAACAUGGGACAAGCGAAUAAUUACCAUGCAGGACAGAAUGUUUCGCAACCUUUUUACAAUACUCAACCCAAUGUCGUUUAUUUCGAUCAGUCUGGAAAAUCACAGCAACAGUUACCGCUUCAGCAACCUUACUAUGCAGAAACACAACGAGAGGCAGGUCAUGUGGUGUACGCUAGACCAACCAGUCAGUCUUACGCUCCUCCGGGAAAUGCCUAUCCAACUCAAGCACAGUUUACACCACAGGCUAACACAUGCACAAUAGCGUAUCAGCCAACCAAUCAGCAGACACCUUCUCCCCAGCCAAUCACGAUUCACCCCAGUCAACAGGUUAAUCAAACAAGCGAGCAGAAUUUUAUUCAGGCACCAAGGUUACAACAAGUGUCAAAUCCUUUGCCACCUUCAACACCUUCACAGUUUCAAUCACAAAAUCAGCAAGUUUAUCCUCAAAUUCAAUCAAAACCUCAACAAUCAUCUCAACCUUACUUUUCUCAAACUAAUUUUAAUCAAACUGAACAGAAACCAGCACAAGUUUCAUACUCCACUUGGAGUGGACAAACUAAUAAUAAUCAAGUGGUUGAUAACAGAGAACAGCAGAAACAUUAUCAAUAUCAACAACAACAACAACAACAACCAGUGCAAACUUAUCAACAAUUUCAAAGUAAUCAAUUAAGCGCACAGAGCCCUUUACCACCGACUGUAUCUAACCAAGUAUUUGAUCAACAAGUACCUAAACGUAUUCCUUCUGGAGGUCAGUCAAGACAAGUUAAGGUUAAAUCAUUGCCAAUGCGUAAUUCAGUUAGCAUAGAUGGCAUUGAAUCAUCUGGUCCACCACAGUUUGUUGUCCAUCCCGUUGGUCAACUAACCAUAGCAGAAGGUGAACCAGCUAAUAUAUCUGCUCGUGUACGUCCAGCUGGCGAUAGUACACUAAUUGUUGAAUGGUAUAAAAAUGGAAAGCCAUUAUCAGCAGCUUCUCGUUUCACAACGACAUUCGAUCGAGGCUAUGCUGUACUGGAUUUUCUGUAUAUGAAUGAGGAUGAUAACGGUGAUUAUUCGUGCGUGGCAACUAACAGUCAAGGGCAGGAUCAAUCAAGCAGUUGUCAUGUGACGAUUAUACCAGAAGAAGGAGUUGUCACUGAAACUCAAUUGCCAGAAGAAUCAAUGAUUGCAAAUCUAGCAAUGAUGGAAGAUCAUUUAAUAAGAAAUGGACUAGAUCGAGAUAAUCGUUAUCAUGAUGAAGUACGUCCAGCACAUCCACCAACUUUUCUUAAACCACUUGUACCACAAAUUGAUCUUCGUGAAUCAGCUCCGGCACAUUUUGAAACAUAUGUAGAACCAGUUAAUGAUAAUUCACUGACAGUUGAAUGGUAUAAAGAUGGAAAACCUGUUAGCAUGGGUUGUCGUUUUAAUGCUGUUUUGGACCGGGGAUUUGCUUCGUUAGAUAUUCAUUAUUGUUAUCCAGAAGAUAACGGAGCAUACUUUUGUGUAGCACGGAAUGCAGCAGGACAAGUACAAAGCAAUGUAGUAGAAUUACAAUGUAAUGCAGAAGAACACAUUGUUACCAGUUCAGUAUUAUCAAAAGAAUCAAUUUCAUAUCUUCAAAGUUUAGAUGCUUGGGAAAGUGAUGCAAUGGCAGGUUAUGAUAAUGUGAAAAAAGACGAAGAAGAACCACCUUGCGCACCAUCAUUUGAUAUUCUGCCUAUUUCUGUCACUGUUACUGAAGGUUCACCAGCUAAAUUCAUUGUUAAAGCAGGUGGUUAUCCAAAGCCUAAAAUAUUCUGGUAUAUUAAUGGGGAAUUGAUGGCUUCCUCUGGAGGUGGAGGAAAUUGGCGAAUAUUUCAAGACGGAGGUAUAAGUAAUUUAGAAUUUCAUCGUGUUGGCUCACCUGGUGAAUUACAUAUUAAAGCAGUCGCAAGAAAUAAUAUGGGUGAAGCUGCGGCAGAAACGCUAUUGACAAUUGAACCACAAUUAGACUUCAGACCAGAUUUACGUCAUGUUGAACCGGAAAAUCCAUUCAAAAAACUUUCGCAAUUGAAAAAAGUAAAAUGUAGCGAUGAACUUUCAUCAGCUUUUCGUAAACCAAAAGCUCAAGCACUUGAUUUACGACGUUUGGAAAGAGCACUUGAAACUCGUGGUCGAUCUGCUGCUGGUGUAGAAGUGGAAGAUGCAGAAAACCUGUAUUCACGUGUUCAAUCUCAAUUACGUUCUAAUAGACGUUCUAGUGUACCACCAAGAACACCACCACCUCCACAACCUCAACAACAGAAUGUUCUAUCAAAUAAUGUUCAGCAUAAUGCACAACCAAAAGCACCAAAUACACAACAGUAUCAACCACAACCGCAACCACAACAACAACCAGCUUUUCAACCGCAAGCAAUGCAAAAUCCAGUACCUCGAGCACAAUUUCAAGCUCCAGUACCACCACCACCACAACAACAACAACAACAACUAAACCAACAGCAACACUUUCAACAGCCGAAUACAACAGUGGUCAGAAUGAAUACACCACAAAAUCGAAAUCUAGAACAAAGUUCACCACCCGUAACAACAUUACAGCCAUUGACAAUCAGUCCACCUGGACAAGCACAAACACCAGUUUCAUCACCGAGGAAUGUUCCAUCUCCUGCUCAGCCAACACCGACGCCGCCUGUUGUUCCCAAUACAACACUACCCCCACCACCUGCUUCACCUUUAAUGUCACCACCGAUUGUGAAUUCUUCAAACUAAUUCACAGGUUUUUAUCAACUCAUCGAUGCAAUCAUCGGAUCAUUCACCAGCUCAAAUGGCUUAUUCUGAUGCAGUCAGCGCAGACUUCACCAUACAACUUUGAGUCAUUUUGUGACAAACAUAAAAAUCAAAAUAAAACAAAAUAUCUUAGUGAAAUAUCAGCACACCAAUCAAUCAUUGUGUCAAUAUUUACGAAUAAAUUCUACAUUGUUUCACAAUGUAAUGUUUGAUUACACUAAUCUCCAGUAUCAUCUUACCCUAAUCAAUUAUAAAGCUUUAACAAAUAAAACAAUGAAACAGAUAGACAUUUUCAGCAAUUGAAUUUUGGCUUCAUGCAUGUCUUACCCUUCCUUUCACAGUUAUCACUGUUAUCUCAGUACACUUACUGUUAUUAUUAUUAUCACUAUAGUCAUACAUCUUGACAUAACUAACAUUAAUUUACGUAUUAAACAAAUACAAAACUACAAAAUUCAUUGCGUAACAAGACAGAUUACAUUCAAUUACAUUCAUGGAACAACAACCACACGCACACAUACACAGUGCAUGCCUCUUUUUACCUAGUUUGUUGCUUACAUCGUUUCUUCUCUCCAUUCUGAUCUAUUUAUUUGCAACAAAAACAAUGACAUCGAUCACUUCUUCUUCUUCAUUCGUCUACAAAACAGAACAAAAUGGUUUGUGUGUGUGUGUGUGUAUUGGUGGUAACAAUGAAUGAAUUCAACAUUGAUAUCUCUAUUUAUGUAUGUGUUCACAGCAAUGAAAAAGCAUUCACUCAACUAAUCAAUCAAUUUAUUAAUUAGCAUAGUUCACAUUGAUGUACGCCCUCUUCAAACGACUGUUCUGUUUUAUGUGUUUUUAUUCAAUGCUUACAUUAUUCUUAUUAUAUCUAUCUAUAUAUAUAUAUAUAUACCACGAACAAAGAGUAAUGCUACUUUCGCUUUCAACCAGUCAAGUGAAAAUUAGAUGUAAACACUUUCAGCUUAUUUUUUAUUUCUAUACUAGACUGGACUUUAGAUUUGCAUUUCGUUUAGAAAGUAAAAAUAAUUAUGUCAUGAAAAUCACAGUUAGUCAAACUUCGUUUCUCUCUCUCUCUCUCUCUAGCUUUGGAACUGUACACUUCUGUUCGGUUGGUGAAAUCACACACAGAAAGAAACAGACACAUUGAAACCCAUGAACAAAACAUCGAAAUUAUUUGACAUUAAAUUUUCAGUCUUACAAUCUGAAUGUUACUUACCCUCUUUUCCCUCUCCUUCAAUUCAUCUUCUACUGAUAAUUUCAAAAGACGAAUUUUCCUUAAAGAAAAAAUGUGGCUUAUAUUUAUUUACGCACAAAGUCAUCAUGGACAAAAAUACUGGAAAUCUCCGGUUUUUUGAGCGUGUUUGUGUGUGUGUGUGUAAGUGUUUGUGUAAUACAAUUCAUGCACUUCAUCUUAUACAUCAAUGAGUGUUGAACUAUUGCUUUCUAUUUACAAAUAUUUGUAUGACUUACCCCCUUUCCCUUUAUUUAAUUAACAAUCAGCAGUUUAGUCUUUAAAAAAUUUCAAAAUUUCCUAUCUAUUGA